GUCUCUUCACUUAGCAAGUAAACUUCCGGUAUAUGUCACAACUCUCGGCAACUUCAAGUUGCGGUUUUAUUUGCUCAAAAGUUGUCGAAUUUAGGAUUAAGGCUACAGGUGGACCAAGAACUACAGGUAUAAAGUUGUGAAGUAGAUGUUUAUUGCUGAAGUAGAAGAACGCUUAAGGAAAACAUCCAGAAUUAUCUUGAGGAUAUUUUUUCUUUAAUGUGAGCUGAACCUAGAAGAGAUAGAUUGUACGUACUCUUUUAUAAGUUGACCAGAGAAAUCAUUAGUCAUACCCUUUUUUGUAUGAAGACACAUGACAUAGGUACUGUCAUUGCACAUGUCAGGAAGAUCAAAGGGCUCAGGUCAUCGUAAUUUAACCAAAGGUCAGAGACUCGACGCCAUGGCUCGCAAGAAGGACGAGCGUGCAGUCCGGCAAGCGCACCAAAGAACUAAGAAAAUGGAGUCUUACCUUGCGGACGAUGAUAAUUUUGGCAGUUUUAAGAACCAGCUUGGGAAACUUGGGUUGGAGUUGAGAGAUAUUCCGGGAGAUGGGAACUGUCUGUUUCGAGCUCUUGGGGACCAACUGGAAGGCCAUGCUCGCAACCACUACAAACACAGACUGGACACCACAGAGUAUAUGAUACAGAACAAGCAAGACUUUGAACCUUUUGUGGAAGACGAUGUUCCCUUUGAAAGACACAUUGCUCUACUGAAGAAGCAAGGCACAUACGCUGGAAAUGACGCUUUGGUAGCUUUUGCUCGACUACAUGGAGUGAAUGUGGUGAUACAUCAGCUGAGUUCCCCACUGUGGCAGAUACAUGGCACGGAGAAGACCAACGCCAGGCAGUUACACAUCUCCUAUCACAAUGGAGAUCACUACUCCAGCGUACGGAAGAUUGGGGACAAGUCAGAGUCACCCACUAGCAUUAAACUACAGAUUGGUGAUGAAAAACCUAAGUCCACAAAGUCUAAAAACCCCAAGAAACCAUAUGAAUACUCCUAUUAUAAUGGUGAUAACUACGAUGCUUACUGUGAUACUGAGGACUAUGGUUACGAGGAUGAGGUAGCGAGGAUUGUGAGGAGCGAGGAGGAUGUGCAGGAAAAUGUGAUGAAGAUGACAGGCUGUGCAAUCCACGGCACAGAGAAGACCAACGCCAGGCAGUUACACAUCUCCUAUCACAAUGGAGAUCACUACUCCAGCGUACGGAAGAUUGGGGACAAGUCAGAGUCACCCACUAGCAUUAAACUACAGAUUGGUGAUGAAGAACCAAAGUCCACAAAAUCUAAAAACCCCAAGAAACCAUAUGAAUACUCCUAUUAUAAUGGUGAUAACUACGAUGCUUACUGUGAUACUGAGGACUAUGGUUACGAUGAUGAGGUAGCGAGGAUUGUGAGGAGCGAGGAGGAUGUGCAGGAAAAUGUGAUGAAGAUGACAGGCUGUGCAGAUGUCUCUCUGGUCAGGGAAGUUCUAGAAGAAAAUAACUAUGAUGUGGAGUCAGCAGUUGAUCAUUUACUGAGUAUAAUGGUCACUCUGGAAGACAGGGGUGUUGAUCCAGGGUCAUCAGUUUCCAGUAGUUUUGCGGCAGCUUCCUCAGACUCUGUCAGUGUGGACAGUGGCAUAUGGUCCCACCACGGAACGGGGACGAGAAUUUUUGGGAAUCCAGGGGCCGAGAGUGGAGCUAAACCUAAGGGUCAGAAUCAUCAAAAGGGUGCUGCAAGACAACUAGGAAAACAGAAGAAACUUGAGAAGAAGAAAAGAGCCGAAGAACGUCAUAGGUUAAAAGUGUUAGGAGAAGUCCCAGAUAAUCAUAACCAUAAUCAUAAUGUACCUGACAGUGACAAUGACGAUACAGUUGUGAUAACGAGCAAUUUGGGGAUGCUUAAAGUAUACCCGGAUAAACAUUACAGAGGAAUGGAUGGGUGGGAUGUCUCUCUGGUCAGGGAAGUUCUAGAAGAAAAUAACUAUGAUGUGGAGUCAGCAGUUGAUCAUUUACUGAGUAUAAUGGUCACUCUGGAAGACAGGGGUGUUGAUCCAGGGUCAUCAGUUUCCAGUAGUUUUGCGGCAGCUUCCUCAGACUCUGUCAGUGUGGACAGUGGCAUAUGGUCCCACCACGGAACGGGGACGAGAAUUUUUGGGAAUCCAGGGGCCGAGAGUGGAGCUAAACCUAAGGGUCAGAAUCAUCAAAAGGGUGCUGCAAGACAACUAGGAAAACAGAAGAAACUUGAGAAGAAGAAAAGAGCCGAAGAACGUCAUAGGUUAAAAGUGUUAGGAGAAGUCCCAGAUAAUCAUAACCAUAAUCAUAAUGUACCUGACAGUGACAAUGACGAUACAGUUGUGAUAACGAGCAAUUUGGGGAUGCUUAAAGUAUAGUAGAUUAGAUGUGCAGAACAUAGUGAUACAAUUGUGUUGAAAUUCUGCAUUAAUUUUACAUUAAUGUUGCAGUAAGAGUCUAACUGAUAAUGUUAUUAGUGAUCAGAUCUUUUGAACGAAAGUUCAGGAGAUGGAUACAUUGUAACCCAGUGCUACUACAAUAUUGGGAUAUUGCAAAAGCAAUACAGUUACAGUAUCAAAGU